AUGUGCUGGUCCGAGAAGGACUGGAUAAACGAGGUGUAUGACAGUCUGUCCCUGAGGAACAACCAGUACGUCAACCACUUCAGGAACUACUACGAGCUGACGCGGAAGGACCUCCUAGCCAAGAACAUGAAGAGGCUGAAGAAGCAACAAGAGAAGAUGAAAAAUGAGGAGGAGCUGAAGCUGCUGGACAUCACCCCCGUGACGUUCGUCCUGCCCCUCGAGUACAAGCUAUUCCUGGAGGAGUACAAGCGAAGGGGCAACCGCGUGUGGAUUAUGAAGCCGAUCGGCAAGUCGCAGGGGAAGGGGAUCUUCCUCUUCAGCAAAAUAUCGCAGAUAAAGAGUUGGAGCGUCGGCCGCCCGGCGGAGCGCAGCAGAGCGGGGGCAGCGGCGGCAGCGGCGGAAGUGGCAGAGCGGAACAGAGCCGCCGAACUGGCGGAGCGGAACAACGCCGUGGCAGCCGCCGAACUGGAAAAACCACCGGAGGGAGACCCCUCAGCGGAGAGGCCGGAGCAGUACAUCGUGCAGGAGUACAUCCCCAACCCCCUGCUGAUCGGCGGGAAGAAAUUUGACAUCCGCCUGUACGUCCUCAUCGUGUGCUACUCCCCCCUGACGAUCUACCUCUACAGGAGUGGCUUCGCCAGGUUUGCCCACACGUAUUUUAAAAAUGAAAAAAACCACAUGACAGAUGUAACCAUGCAUCUGACGAACGUAUCUAUACAGAAGAACGCGGAGGGAUAUGAUGAUAACGUAGGGGGCAAAUGGUUUGUACGAGAGUUGUUCCUCUACAUGAGCAGUCGCUAUGGGUACGAUCGAGUCAUGCAGCUAAUUGGAGACAUAGAAAAUUGCAUCAUUCAGUCGUUCCUAGCAGUUCAUAAAAUCAUAAUAAAUGAUAGGCACUGCUUUGAACUGUAUGGGUUUGAUAUCCUAAUCGAUAGCAAUUUGAAGCCGUGGCUCAUCGAGGUGAAUUCGUCUCCUUCUCUCUCGGCCAACACCCAGGAGGACUACACACUUAAAUUUAACAUGCUGGAUGAGCUCAUGUGUUUGAUUAAUUUGGAGCAGUACCCCCUGCCGGAGACGGACCGCGUUGGGGACUUCGACUGCAUCUACCGCGCGGGCAGGCGGGUCCUCUCCCCCCGGCCCCACAACUUCUUCUCCCGCCUGGGCGCGCAGCUCUCCGGGACGGAGCACCUGAAGCAAAUGGCGAAGGAUAUCAAACGGGGCAUGGGCACCGCGGGCGGGCCCGAAAAAGGAGGCGCACCAUGA